GUACAAAUAUUACAGCACAGAGUACACCAAUUGCUCUAUAUUUAGUCUUUGCUUUCCCUUCACUCUCCCUAAUUCCCUAUUAUAAAUCCUACCCUCCGUUUGUUGAAUCUUUCUUCAAAAAGGGGUCUUCUGGUAUGGGGCUGUCAUUUUCAUGCCCACUUGCAGCAUUCAGUGACCCAGAGAAUGGGCUUGAAUCAGUCAUUGUUAAGUCAAUAGACUUUGGGAAAAAUGAGGAGAUCACUGAAUUUAGGUCUGUUAGCUUCAAUGCCCACAACCCAGAACCACCAAUCCCGAAACCGGUUCGGUCCGGUUCGAUCGGAUUCAUGAUCCGAGACGGCAAUGUGGCGAAGGGGACAGGGGUAAAAGAGUCUUUUACGUGUACCGACAACCCCGAGCACGAGGCGGCAGCAAUAAAGCUGCAAAAAGUGUACAAGAGCUUCAGGACCAGGAGGAAGCUGGCAGACUGUGCAGUCCUGAUCGAGCACAGCUGGUGGAAGCUCUUGGACUUUGCCGAGCUGAAGCACAGCUCGAUCUCGUUUUUCCAUAUGGAAAAACACGAGUCUGCCAGCUCCCGCUGGUCCCGGGCCCGCACCCGGGCUGCCAAGGUAGGUAAAGGGUUGUCAAAGAAUGGAAAAGCCCAAAAGCUUGCCUUACAACACUGGCUUGAAGCAAUCGAUCCGAGACAUCGCUACGGACACAACCUCCACAUCUAUUAUGUGCAGUGGCUGCAUUCUCAAAGCAAUGAGCCCUUCUUCUACUGGCUGGAUAUAGGCGAGGGGAAGGACGUUAACCUCGUCGAUAAAUGCCCUCGGGGGAAACUUCAGCAACAGUGCAUUAAAUACCUCGGGCCGAUGGAACGAAAGGCGUACGAGGUAGAAGUGGAAGAAGGGAAGCUCAUGUACAAGAAAACUAGGGAACUUGUUGACACAGAUGAUUUAAAAGGUGUCAAGUGGAUAUUUGUACUUAGUACUUCCAAAACAUUAUAUAUCGGGAAGAAGACGAAAGGCGCGUUUCAACACUCGAGUUUCUUGGCUGGAGGGGCCACAUUGGCCGCGGGGAGGAUAGUUGUCGAGAAUGGAAUCUUGAAGGCUGUUUGGCCCCACAGCGGACACUAUCGCCCGACGCCAGAAAAUUUCCAAGAUUUCAUCUCGUUUCUCAAGGAGAACGACAUUGAUCUCACAAACAUUAAGCUCGAAUGCACUGAGGAAGAAGAACAAGAAUCAAGCGGCGAGAAGAGUGGCGUAUACUCCUCAAACAACUCAUCCGAGGAAGACGAUCUUCCCGAAAACGAGCCAAUAAAAACCGAAAUUUCUGCAACACUAGAGGAUCCGAAGUUGACUGAACUCGAAAUCCCAGACAAAAGUGACUUCUUGGAGAGAUUAAAUAGUAAAUCUCCACCGAAUGGGUACGAAUCGACAGGAGAAGAAGAAGAAGAAGAAAAGCGAACAACGGUUCCUGAAGAAUCAAUCUUGCGUCGGAUCAACUCCCAUAAAGGGGCAAAAUCGUACCAGCUAGGAAACCAGCUCUCCUGCAAAUGGAGCAGCGGGGUGGGCCCGAGGAUCGGAUGCGUGAGGGACUACCCUUCGCAGCUCCAGUCCCACGCGUUGGGAGAAGUCGCGCUGUCCCCUAAGAGUGCUAACCGGUUAAGGGCAGGUGCCCUUAACCGGGUAGCCUCUUGCAGCUUAUCUCCUAUGGGAAACAGGAAGAAUGUGUCUCACAAACUCAGCUGCCUCUCAAGAAGGCAUUCAUCUCCACUGUCUAAAGACACACUGAUAAUGACCUCAUAAUUGCUGCUAAAGUUCAUUACUUUUAGUUUGUGAAUGGGAAAAAUGACACUUUAAUCCUCACUUUUUCAUGUAAAGGAAUUCUUUUAUUCUUUUUUUUCUCUCUGUUCUUUCAAUUCUGACAUACAUAGUUUGUGUCACCUAAUGGCAUAAAAGAUGUAAACUUUUUUUUCCUUUGUUUUUUUUAGAGUUAAUAUUGUAGUAUCCCCAUGAGAAUUGAGGGGGAAAGAUAAUGUAUGAGUUGCAGAAAUAUAAUGAAAGUUCCUUCAUUUC